AUAGACAUGAAUAAAUCACCUUCCCACAGCAUCAGUCCUUUAAUACCAGUGCAGUUCAAAGCCAGCUACGCACAGCUCGUCUGCAGAGAGCAACAGCCAUCACACGACGUACUGAGGAAGAAAAUGUCCAACCAAACUACCAUGACUGAAUUCCUUCUCCUGGGAUUCUCUGAUGUUCGGGAGCUGCAGAUUUUACACUUUGUGGUGUUUCUAGUGCUUUACCUGAUAUCUUUGCUUGGGAACCUUCUCAUCAUCACAGCCAUAGCCCUCGACCACCAUCUUCACACUCCUAUGUAUUUCUUCCUGAUGAAUCUGUCCAUCAUAGACCUCGGCUCCAUCUCUGUCACCAUCCCCAAAUCUAUGGCCAAUUCCCUCAUGAACAAAAGAUCGAUUUCUUAUUCUGGAUGUGUCACCCAAGUCUUUUUUUUCUUUUUCUUUGGUUCAGCAGAUUUUGCCAUACUGAUCAUCAUGGCAUAUGACCGAUACGUUGCCAUCUGCCAACCACUGCACUAUGAGACAGUGAUGAACAGGAGAACUUGUGUCCAAAUGGCAGCCAGUGCCUGGAUCAGUGGUAUUCUCUACUCCGCACUGCACACUGGGAACACAUUUGCAAUAUAUUUCUGUGGCAGCAAGAUGGUGGAUCAGUUUUUCUGUGAAAUCCCCCAGCUACUCAAGCUCGCCUGCUCUGACUCAUACCGCUUUGAAGUCGGGUUUCUCAUCUUUAGUGUGUGCUUCUCCUCGAGCUGCUUAGUUUUCAUAAUUGUGUCAUAUGUUCAGAUCUUCAAAGCAGUGCUGAGAAUCCCCUCUGAGCAGGGCCAGCAUAAAGUCCUAUCCACCUGCCUUCCUCACCUCUUUGUGGUCUCCUUGUUGUUUUGUACUGCUGCCUUUGCCUACCUGAAACCCACCUCCAGCUCAACCUCAGGUCUGGAUCUCAUGGUGGCUGUUCUCUAUUCUAUGUUGCCACCAAUGAUGAAUCCAAUCAUCUACAGCAUGAGAAACAAAGAGAUCAAAGGUGCUCUGAGUAAAUGGAUAGGUUUGAGGUUAAUCACUAAGAACAGAAUGUCCAUAUUUCUCCUUCGAUAG